UUCAAUCAAUUUCUUACUCCAUCGCUGCAAUUUGGUUUAAUUAAAUCAAUUGACAAUGCAUUGGCCAAAUGAGAUGUGGUGACAAAACAACCAAACAUAUACGAAGAGAUGGAAUGAUACGCAUCAAUCAAAUGUUUGCAUUUUACAGUCGCCUCCACACGUCAUUUUAAGUCAUUUUGCCAGUUUGCUUGAUCAAAUUAUUACCUAGUAAGAAUAUAAUUUGGACUUCGCCGAUUUUUGGAUAAGGAAAAUUCUAUUGUAAUGCAUUCGGGCGAGGUGAGUUCAACAACAGGUCAUUAUGAUUUGAAAUAUACAAAUUUAACUGCUGAAAUGCUAGCAGAGAGAACCAUAGAUGGUCUGUUGGCUGAACACCCUGGGGAGUUAGUACGUACAGGUUGUCCACAUGUAGUGUGUACAGUAUUACCUCCACAUUGGCGAUCAAAUAAGACUUUGCCAGUCGCCUUCAAGGUAGUGGCUUUAGGCGAAGUGGGUGAUGGAACGAUGGUAACAGUAAAAGCUGGAAAUGACGAAAACUAUUGCGCUGAAUUAAGAAAUGCAACGGCCAUUAUGAAAAACCAAGUAGCCAAAUUUAACGACCUCCGUUUUGUGGGGAGAAGUGGAAGAGGGAAGAGUUUUACCCUGACCAUAAUAGUAUCUACUUCUCCACCUCAAGUAGCAACAUAUAAUAAAGCAAUCAAGGUUACAGUUGAUGGUCCUAGAGAGCCAAGAUCCAAAACAAGACAAGCCGGUUUUCAUAACUUUCCAUUUGCAACAAGACCUUUUCACACUGAUCCGUUAACUGGAAGUUUACAUUUCAAAUUUAGUGGUAUUGCACAUCAUUUAUCUGCGAUAUCUAGAAACCCUCACGAGUGGCCGUUACUAGGUACCAGAUACAAUUGUUCUCCUGCCUCAAUAAUACCACAAUUACGACAUCAUCCGCCACAUUUUCAUUCGCCCUUGUUUAUACACUCAGAUCGGCAAGUGAAUACUUCGACAAAAAUAGCUAAAGAUCCGUCCAUAGUUUCUCUGGGUCCCAUAUCAAUCAACUGUAAUACUGCACACAGUACAACAUCUCCAAAAUGUUCACCAGCCCAACUUGAGUUGUUAACUACAGCAGAUGGUUCUAAAUCAUCAAACGAAGACGACAUAUCAGUUAGUGCAUCACCAACACCUAUACAAGCUCCUACAUCAUUUCCUGAUGUACCUACAUCAGAGUAUACUAGUCAACAGCAUUUCCUUAAUAACGCGUUGGCGGCAAGUCUGUUUUUAAGCACACCACUUUUACCCCCACCGAGCCAGUGGUUUUAUUCCCAGCUUUAUUCGAACGAGUGGAACUGGUUAAAUACACCCCAUUCUGGUUUAUUAUCAUCGCCUAUUGAAGAAAGUAGUUCACAAUACCCAGAUAGUUCAAGUGAAAACAUCGAUGUGUUACAUAUUAAUGAAGAAAAAUGCACAGAAAACAGUUCCGACGAUUGUCUUCAUUCAACACAGAAAACCGGUAAAAAAAGUUCACAAGAAGAUGGAAACCUAAAUUAUAAAUUUGACCGACAAACUACUAUGCCUUUAGCGAAACAGAUUGAAGAAUUAAGUUCUACAAAGAAGGAAAGCAAUAAAAGUAUUAGGGUUAGCUAUACUAAAGGCUCUGAUGUGUGGAGACCCUAUUGAUUCAAUUGA